AUGUCAAAGUUAGCAAAAUGCAAGCAAUGUGGCUCCUUGAUCGAGUAUAAUGGUGGAACAAGCGUGAUGCUAGCUCAUUUCAAAAGAUGUUGUGUUAAUCCAGAUAAUGUGGUGAAUGGGACGAUGCAUGAACCAUCUUCAAGCUCAAUGGAAAAUAGGGAAGAGGUUGUUAAUUUAUCCCCCUCGGUUCCCAAAUUUGACCAAGUAAGCCGAAUGGACUUGACAAAAAUGUUUGUAGCCAUGGAACUUCCGUUUCAAAAGGGUGGGUUGAAAGAAGUUGAUGAAUCGGUUGUAAGAAUUCGUGCAGCGGUGAGGUAUGUGAGGCGUACUCCUUCGAGGUUUCGGAGAUUUAAGAAAUGUAUUGAUCAUGAAAUAAUUGGAUAUAAAGGUUAUGUUCCGAGAGAUUGUGACACUCGGUGGAACUCAACAUAUCUAAUGUUGAAGGGUGCAUUAAAACAUUACAAGACUUUUACAAAGUUAGAAUUCAGAGAUCGGAAAUAUUUUAGCGAAAUAAGUAAGGACAAAGGAGUGCCUAGACCAGAAGAUUGGGAGCAUGUUGAGUUAAUACUUCCAUUUUUGAAAAUAUUUAAUGAAGCUACAGAGCGCAUUUUGGGAUCUUCUUAUGUGACAAGCAAGAAGUAUAUGCUUGAGGUUUUCGGUGUUGGAAGAAGCAUUCUGAAAAUGUGUUAUUCAGAAGAUGAAAAGGUAAGAUCAAUGGCUAUAAAGAUGAAGGCAAAAUACAAUAAAUAUUGGGGAAAACCUAACCACCUUAACAUGUUGUUGUUGAUUGCAAUGGUACUAGACCCUCGAUGUAAAAUGAAGCUUGUGGUAUCGAUGGCAGCUAGGAUUUAUGAUAGUAGUGAUGCAGAAUAUUUGAAAACCAAAUUGGAUUCACAUUUGAAGUCUAUUUUUGAAGAAUACUCUGGUAGGGAGAUGUCUCGUCUAGGUAGUUCAGUCAAUCUAUUAAGUGGUUUUAAUGUAGUUAAUGAUCCGUACCAUUGCGCUGAAUUCUAUCGAUAUCCAAUACUUGCAAGCAUUGCACAAGAGGUUUUAGCCAUACCGAUAUCCAGUGUAGCCUCUGAAUCUGCUUUUAGUAAUGGAGGAAGGUUCCUUGACACAUAUCGUAGUUCUUUAACAGCGGCUAGUGUGGAAGCACUUAUUUGUACUAAAGAUUGGCUCAAAGGAGUAGUUCCAUCUUUUCUUAGUAUUGAGGAUCUCGAUGAAAUUGAUCGAGUUGAGGAUGAACUACAUUCUACGCCGGAUGCUGGAAGUUGCUCAACUUUUGUGUCGGUUGUUGAUUAUUGA